UGAUUAAGAGCAUGCAAUUAGAUUUCUGAUUGUGAAAUAGUUGAUUUUCAAAUAUAUCUAGAAUAAUUCAACUAAUUGCAAUAUGAUUCAGCCAGGGCUGCAAGAAAUGCCAGGAACAUGGCUUAUGGAGGAGCCAUGGCAACGGCCAGCGGGAUUUGUUUGGCCCAAAACGGAACAUUGAAAGGAUACCGAAUAUCAAGGGCUAGAAAUGACGCUCUAUUUUGAUACGAAAAUUGAGUUUCUGGACUCGGAUGCAGUUAGCACAAUCAGCAGCUGGCAUCCCAAUGAGCCACUGUUCGCGGUGGCCUCCUACAGCCAGGAGCGCGGCGGCAGCGUAACCAUUUUUGCGGAUACCGGCGAACCGCAGCGGGAUGUCACGUAUCCGGUGCACGCCAGCUCGCAGGCAACGGCCUUGUGCUGGCAUCCGGAGAAGGCGCUGCUGGCCACCGGUUGGGAGCAUGGCGAUAUACACGUCUGGUUUGCCGGCCAUAGGGAAUUCGCCAGCGUUAGUGGACCCCACAAGGCGGCCAUUGUGCUGCUGGAGUUCAGCGAACAGGGCGGCCGCAUGGUCACGGCGGAUGCCCUGGGCCUGGUCACCGGCUGGCGCUGCGAUGGUCAAUAUCAGUUUCUGACCAUGUUCUCGCAUGAUCUACGCGAGGCUCUGCUUCUGAUCUGCUUUCGCCGCACCGUCGAGAGCGAGCUGCGCGAGGAGAUGGCCAGUCUGGCCAAGGCAGCGGUCGCUGGCGAUGAGAAUGCGCUGGACACGCUCACCAAUUGGCGGCCGCGCACGGCGGCGCGUGGACACUCGGGUGUCCGGGACAAUCACUGCUUCUACGCGUGCACGCAGGGCGGCGUGGCCUACUACAUCAAUCAGGGCGGCAGCUGCAGCGAGGUGCUGAAGAGUGGACCUCAACAGCCGAGCAUUCUGCAGAUGCUCUGGCAUCCCAAAAAGGAUGCGGUCAUUUGCCUGCUGGAUGACUUGACCAUCACGCUGUAUUUGGUGGAGUCGACGGGUAUCUUGACGGAACUGGAGCGUGUCAAGCUGAGUGGGCGCGGCGCGAACCAACGCGGCGCCAUAGCCUGGGCGGGCAACAGCUUGGCCAUCAUUACGGGCGAUCUUACCGUGCGCAUCUGGGACAUUGAACGCAGUGAUAAUUAUCUGCUUAAAAUGGAUUUGCCCAGCUCCAGCCUGACCGCCAGCUCCUCCCUCAACAACAACAGCAACAGCAACAGCAAUGCCUUCUUCAGCCACGAGACGAGUGUGGAGAGCAACAGCAACAACAAUCUGCCACGCAAGGUGUCCAGGCACCUUCAGCUCAACUCCAACGAAAUGUUCACCUGCCUCGCCUACAGCAACAGCAAUCAGACCCUGUGCGCGGCCACCAAUCUGGGCAAUCUGUACACCUGGAAGCGCACGGUGAGCUGCUUUGUCAGCGCACCAGAGGAUGCCUGGCAGCUGGGUAACAUAUCGUCGCUGGCGCGGCAGGGCGCCAUCAAGAGCUGCUCGUGGGGCUACAAUGAGCUGGCCAAGCCAUGCAUUUUGGUCAACUGUUUGUCGAGUGUGUUUAUGUUAAAGGAGCAGCCCCUCCUGGCCAGCCACACGCGUAGCCUCUGGGCUGUGCAGUGCUCCGCAAAGUCUGUGCAGCUGACGCACUGCAGCGGACGCCAGUGUACGGUGCAGGCGGAUUUUGCGGUAACUGCGCUGGCCCUAAACGACCUCAGCCUGGUCGUGAGCAACGGACGCUCCAUAUCCUCGUACAGUCUGCAGAAGAUUGAGAAGAGCCUGGACGAGUUCGAUGAAAUACUGGAGGCCUCAGGCGCCGGUUCCAGUGCCUCGGUGAAGAGCUCGCCUGCAUUGAAUGUGCGGCUGAUGCAAACCUUUGCCGCCGAGUGUCUGGCAUUGUGCCUGCACAAUCAGAACAUAUUUUGCCUGAGCGCCAGCGAUAUAGUUAUCUAUUCCGUGGGCGGCGUUGUGCUCCACCGGUUGCUGGGCAAUGAUAUCGAGGGAAAAAUCAUUGGCAUGGAUCUAAACGGCUGCUAUCUGUCCGUGUUCACCAUGAACGGCUAUGUCAAGGCGUACGAUGUCAGCCGGCAUGAUCCGAAGCUACUAUUCCCCAGCAAAUCCGGGCACGAGAUAUUCGAUGAUUUUGGCGAGUUCAUUUUGGUCAAGUGCAACAGCUUGGGCAGUCAUCUGGCCUUGGUGAUAGCCAACAGCAGCUUUCAGCCCUGCGCUGCCGUCUACUGCUGGGACUUUGAACGCAACAAUCUCUUUGAGCACGACCUGGUCCAGCAGGAGCCUGAGAAUGCCUCGCAGAACGGCGGCAAAACCAGCCUGGCUGUGCGCUUCUUCUGGGAUACGGAAGAGCCCCGUCUGCUGGCCGUGGAGGUCAAGUCCAUGGUGAUGCUAGCGCAGAAGCCCAACGGCCGGCAGCAGAAUCAGCAACCCUCACCCAGUCACUAUGUGGAGUCGCAGGUGCUGGUUAUGUUCUACUCGGAGAAGGGCGAGGGCAAACUGAAUGUGCUCGAGUCGCAGGCGAUGAGUGCCGGCGCCCAGCUGCUCAAUCUGUGCGUGCCCAGCGUCGUCUGCCUGCAAGUGAACGCUGUGCAGGAGCAGCCGCUGAAGGAUUUCGUGGAUCUGCAGCAGUGCGAUGCCAGCACCCGACGGCAGGUGCUCAAUUUUAGCCUGCACGUGGCCGAAGGACAUAUGGACUUGGCCUUUCGCUGUGUGCGCUCCAUACAGUCCAAGGUGAUAUGGACGAAUCUGGCCAAGAUGUGCGUGCACACCAACCGCCUGGACGUGGCCAAGGUGUGCCUUGGCCACUUGGAACAGGCACGCUCAGUGCGCGCUCUUCGCCAGGCCAUCGAGGAUGAUGAUCUUGAGCCGGAGGCCAAGGUCGCCGUGCUGGCCAUUGAGCUGGGCAUGAUUGACGAGGCCAAGGAGUUGUAUAAGCGCUGCAAGCGCCACGAUCUGCUUAACAAGCUUCUGCAGGCCACCGGCCAGCUGGACGAGGCGCUCCAAGUGGCCGAAACGGAGGAUCGCAUCCAUCUGAAGCACACGUAUUACCAGAAGGCGCAGGCACUGCGCGAACGCGGCGACAUCAAGGGCGCCCUGGAGUACUACGAAAAGACACAGAAUCCCGUGCAGCAUAUCACACAGCUGCUGCUCGAGAAUCCCAUGGCCAUGAAACGUUACAUACAAACCACCAGCGAUCCCAAAAUGCUCAAGUGGUGGGGCCAAUAUGUGGAGAGCUCCGGCGACAUGGAUGCCGCGCUGGCCGUGUACAGCAAAGCUGAUGAUUGGUUCUCGCAGGUGAAGAUACUCUGUUAUCUGGGUAAGAUCUCCAAAGCGGAUGCCAUAGCCAGACAGUCGGGCGAUCGCGCCGCCUGUUAUCAUCUGGGCAGGCAUUACGAGAACGUGGGCAAGUUCCAGGAGGCCAUCAUGUUCUAUACGCGCGCCCAGACCUUCAGCAAUGCCAUACGCAUCUGCAAGGAGAACGACUUCCAGGAGGAGCUCUGGACGGUGGCCAGCUCGUCGCGUAGCCGCGACAAGGCCAUCGCGGCGGCCUACUUCGAAGAGUGCGGCAAUUUUAAAUAUGCCGUCGAGCUGUACCAUCGCGCCGGAAUGCUCCACAAGGCGCUGGAAAUGGCCUUUGAGUCACAGCAGCCAGAGAUACUGGAGAUUAUUGCCACAGAGCUGAGCACCGAGUCGGAUGCGGAACUGAUCAAUCGCUGUGCGGACUUCUUCGCCAGCAUCGAGCAGCACCAAAAGGCCGUUCAAUUGCUGGCCAAGACCAAGCAUCUGGAGCGCGCUCUGGCUAUUUGCCUGGAGAAGGGCGUGCCGGUCACCGAGGAGCUGGCCGAUCUGCUGACGCCCAACAAGGCGGACUUCGAUGAACCGACACGCAUCGGCAUCCUGGUGCAGCUGGGCGAGCUACUGCAGCAGCAGGGCGACUACCACAGCGCCACCAAAAAGUUCACCCAGGCCGGCGACAAGGUGCGCGCCAUGAAAUCGCUGCUCAAGUCCGGCAACACCGAGAAGAUCAUCUUCUUCGCGACGAUGUCGCGACAGCGCGAGAUCUACAUCAUGGCCGCCAACUAUCUGCAGGCUCUAGACUGGCAGAGCGAUGGCAACAUCCUGAAGCACAUCGUCAGCUUCUAUGGCAAGGCGCAGGCCUACGAUUCGCUGGCCAAUUUUUAUGCCAUUUGCGCACAGAUCGAGAUCGAGGAGUAUCAGGACUAUGAGAAGGCGCUCACGGCCAUGCAGGAGGCGUCCAAGUGCCUGGAGAAGCUCAGCCACGCCCAGCACGCCUACAAUAAUCUGCAGCGCACCGUCGCGGACGUCAAGAGCAUACUGGAGAUACAGCAGGCUCUGCGUGCCGGCGAAAAUCAGGCCGUUAUCAACGCCUGUCGCAGCAUGUUGCUCAAGCCCGAGCAGCCGCCCAUACGCCACUCGCACAUACUGGCGAUGCUGGUGCGUGCAUUGGUCUAUGCCAAACAGUAUCCGGAGGCAGGGCGAGCACUUAAGGAGUUGGCCGUCAAGGAUAACUCGUGGAGCGCAUCGGGUUUGGUGGACAGGGCGCUGGUGCAGCGGGUUGCCAAGGAAUGCGAUUUGGAUUUUGAUCUGAUUUGGAACUCGGGACGCCAAGUGACCGCCUCGACAGCAGGAACGGCAACAGCAGCCACCACAAUAUCAAUGACAACAACGACAACAAACACAGCGAACAGCGAUGACGAGGCAGAUGACGAGGAAAUCAGGGAAGAGCUGCACUGAACUGGCAACAAGUCAAAGCUCUCGACCAGCAAUAGCUAUGAGUAAUGAGAGGAAGCUACGAUAAUCUAUAAAUCAAGCUAUGACCAACCCACAUCAAGUCAACUAAAAGGUAUCUUUUAUAGUUUCCCAAGAAAUCAGCUAAUAUUAUUUAAACCAAAGUUCACUUUCACGUCGGGUGAGGAAAAUAGGUUAGAUUGUGUGUGAUUAUAUAGUCAGACUCAGCUUUGGAACGAGUUUUAUCUUAAAUAGCCAAAAUAGAAUGUGGUUAUCAAAGUUA